CAUAAUGCUGCCCGUCUGACGUCAGCAGGGGAGGCGCGCGAGGCAGGGUGCUGUUCUGGUGCUGAACCGAGGUACUGCGGGAAGAGCUGACGGGAGAUUCACGAGCACACGUAGCUCUUUUGCCGCCUCGGUCCUCCUCCUCCUCCAUCGGCUCUCCUCCACUAAGAAGAAAUCACAUCAGCUACUGAAGCAGCGUUUGUGGAUCAUUAGCGCGUGUGUGUGUCAUGGAACAUCGUAAAUAAUGGAAUAUGUAUACACUCUGCUCGCGCUCAUGGCGUACAUCGGUGUGAACGCGGAUAGGAAAAUUGGCUGCCUGUUUGACACUGAUCUCUGUGAAGACUAUGAGAUCUGUAUAAAUGAUGCUUUGUUUGGCCGGUGUCAGUCACCCCCGGCAACAGAGGUGUACACGUAUGACAUCACAGCAGCAGAGGUGGAUCGCUUGCGAACGUUACUGCAGAAGCUCUCUUACCGCGGGCUGACAUGGGAAGAUGAAACCACUCAACAGGUUCUGUCUAAAGAACUCGCCAAAUUGGACCGGAUUCCUGUCUACCUGACAGAGGCUGCUAACAGCAGGCCCGCCAUCCAGACUGAGGCUGCAGGAGACCAAUCAGUGAAGCCUUCAGAGGCAGAGCUCACCAGAAGUGUGCAGAAAUACCUGCAGCACCUGGGCUACCUGCCUAAAACCAAGACUGAUGGUUUCCAUGGCAACGCUCCCCCGGGAUUCCCUCCCUCCUGGAAGACGGCCAGCCUCCCCGUAGUGGAGCCAGAUGGUACGAUCCUGCUCCUAGCAGCGCUGCAGCAGUACCUGUCGCGGAGCGAACCAUCUCAGACAGAGGGGGCGGAGCCGCUACCCUACGCAGCUGCCUCCAGGCCCCGCCUCUUCCUGUCACAUGGGGAGGCGGCUCCGCCUCUGGACAGGCUGCUGCCGAACAGUGGAGACCCUGUCUCUGCUGUAAAAGAGGUCCUCCUGCAGAAGGUGUUGCGGAGUGUAGAGCGCCCCCCUGUGGGCAGUCUGAGUGGCCGGGAGCUGGAGCAGCUGGCAGCGUUGGUGGCAGACACACUACCUGAGCAGGGGGGCGCUCCACAAGAGGACCCUGAGGAGGAGCAGGAGGAGGAGGAGCAGGGGGAGCUGCCUACUGAGCUACCCAGCAGAGAGGAGGAGGAGGAGGAGGAGCAGGGGGAGCUGCCUACUGAGAGCAGCAGAGAGGAGGAGGAGGAGGAGGAGGAGGCCACAGGAGCCACAGUGACCUCCUCCACCACCCAGCAGCCCUCAGCAGAAGAGAGAAAAAAGGAGAGGAGAAGCAGUUCAGAUGACAAGGGUCUUCUGGGAAAGCUUCUGGAGUAUCUGGACCGGUCAGACACGUUGCCAAAGCUGCGCGGGGCGAGGGGGCGGGGCGUUUCCGUGGAGACGGUGCGAAGCCGCGUGCAUCAGCGUGAGCUAGCCCCGCCCCCCCUGCAGAAGAAGAGCAGCAGCGUUGCCGAGGUGACGCAGGUGUCCGGCUGGAUCAGUGAGCAGCGGCUGGCGCCCCCCGCAGGCCUGGAGGCCAAACUGCAGCCUCCGCUGGCGCGUCCCGCCCACGUGGCCGAGCUGCAGCUGGACGUCCAGGACGAGGCCUACGGAUACGUCAUCACCGACGAAGAGUCGUUACCCACUGAUAAGGGUCUGCAGCUGAUGGAGAUGUUGGCUCACAGGGCUAACAUCCAGAUGACCGACUUCCUGGAACUCUCAGUGAUAGGUUCCGCAGUGAUCUUUAGGGUUCGCUCUAAUGCCCAGAACGUCUCUACUGCUGAUGUUGCAAGUAUAGCAGAGCACCAGAGGGAGGCGCUAGAGAAGGAGGCCAAAGUCAAGAUCCUGGAGGCUGGAGUAACAGACAAGACAAAGCUGAAGCAGCUGCCCACUAAGUACAGUCGGUCUGAGUCCACUAAGUACCUGGUUCUGACGGCGGUGUCUCUGGUGUGCAUCGUGGCUGUGCUGAUGGCUUCGGUGGUGGUGUACUGCCUACGUCACCGCUCCCACCACAAGCUCAAGGAGAAGCUCUCCACCCUGGGCACCGACACGGCCUCGGACGCUACCGCCACCUACCAGGAGUUGUGUCGUCAGCGUAUGGCAGUGAAGCCCCCAGUGGAGAGGGCGGAGUCUCGCAUAAACAGUGUGUCAUCGCAGUUGAGUGACGGCCCGAUGCCCAGCCCCUCCCGCACAAGCACCGCCUCCUGGAGCGAAGAACCCGCCCACUCCAACAUGGACAUCUCCACAGGACACAUGAUACUGUCGUAUAUGGAGGACCACUUGAAGAACAAGGACCGGCUGGAGCGCGAGUGGGCGGGGCUAUGCGCCUACGAGGCGGAGCCUAACGCCACCACAGUGGGCCUCCGAGACGGCAAUGCCAAGAGGAACCGCUGCAGCAGCGUAGUGGCAUAUGAUCACUCUAGGAUUACUCUGCGUUUGGAAAAUAGCCAAGGAACAUCAGACUAUAUCAAUGCCAGCCCAAUAAUGGACCAUGAUCCGCGGUAUCCUGCAUAUAUCGCUACUCAGGGGCCUCUGCCAUCCACAGUGGCUGACUUCUGGCAGAUGGUGUGGGAGAGUGGUGCAGUAGUAAUCGUGAUGUUGACGCCGCUAACUGAAGGUGGAGUAAAACAGUGCUACCACUACUGGCCUGAUGAAGGAUCCAACCUCUAUCACAUCUAUGAGGUCAACCUGGUGUCAGAACAUGUGUGGUGUGAGGACUUCCUGGUGCGGAGCUUUUACCUGAAGAACAUGCAGAGCAACGAGAGUAGAACCGUCUCCCAGUUCCACUACCACACCUGGUUACCUAGCAACGUACCGGAGACUCAGAGCCUGCUCGACUUCCGCAGAAAAGUAAACAAGUGUUACAGAGGCCGCUCCUGCCCUAUCAUCGUACACUGCAGUGAUGGAUCAGGGAGGACUGGUACAUAUAUUCUGAUUGACAUGGUUCUCAACAAGAUGGCCAAAGGGGCCAAAGAGAUUGAUAUUGCGGCAACCUUGGAACACCUUCGUGAUCAAAGAGCAUGCAUGGUGCAGACAAAGGAGCAGUUUGAGUUUGCUCUCACAACAGUCGCUGAGGAGGUCAACGCCAUCCUCAAAGCUCUGCCUCAGUGACCACACACACACACGCACACAGUCAUCUACAGCCACACACACACACACACACACACACAGUCAUCUACAGCAGAUACACACACUGUAUCUCCCCCUCCCCCUGUACAUGCUCCUCUCAGUGAUGUAUAUCUGCUUCUAUAGAUUUCUCCCUGUAUGUCCUCCUAUAGAUUUCUCCCUGUAUGUCCUCCUAUAGAUUUCUCCCUGUAUGUCCUCCUAUAGAUUUCUCCCUGUAUGUCCUCCUAUAGAUUUCAUAUCUGCUCUCUUUUCUUCUACUGCAGCCCUGAGCUGCUUCUACGUGUUCUGGUUGCCAUGGUGAUGAUGUUGUGUUCUAGUUGCCACGGUAUUGAUGCUCUUUUGCAAAUGCCUGUCUCUGACCCUGCUGACGCUCUGUGUGUGUGUGUGUGUGUGUGUGUGUGUUUCUGUAUGUGUGUGCGGGUCUGUGUGUGUGGGUCUGUGUGUAUGUGGGUCUGUGUGUGUGUGGGUCUGUUUGUGUAUAUUUGUGUGCGGGUCUGUGUGUGUGUGGGUCUGUGUGUGGGUCUGUGUGUGUGUGUGUGUGUGCAUGCAUGGUCGUUCUAAAUAUAAAAAAAAAACUAAACAACAUAACAUGUCAAUUGACAAGGUCUUCUCUCCUCCACUCCUCUCUCUCCUCUCUCCUCCACUCCUCUCUCUCCUCCCCCCCUCUUUCUCCUCCACUUCUCUCUCCUCCUCUCCUCCUGCCCUCCUCUCUCUCUCCUCCCCUCCUCCUCCCCUCCUCUUCUCCCCUCCUCCUGCCCUCCUCUCUCUCUCCUCUCUCUCCUCCCCUCUUCUCUCUCCUCCUCCUCUCUCUGCUGCCUCCUGCUGGUGCUAUGUGCACAGUGUUGUUUGUUUGUGUCACUGUUUUGGGUUCAAACUGAACAGCUGAAUAAAACAUGAUGUGUUGCAACUAACCCCUAACCCUGAAUAAAACAUGAUGUGUUGCAACCUGACACUCGCGCCUCGGCGCAUUAUUCUCAUUCUGGGCCCUAACCCCUAACCCUGAAUAAAACAUGAUGUGUUGCAACCUGA